AGCAUUUUCAGCUACUCCAACUCGCCGAGCCAUGAUCCCACCAACAACCAACUCGCUUGGAAUUUUCGGAGAACUUCCCGUCGAUUUGCUCUCCUCGGUUUGCCGUCAUCUUCCGAUGGUUGACGUUGUUACCGUAUCCAUGCUGGAUAGUCGGUUGGGAGGAUUUGUUGAACGGAUUAUUUAUCGGGAGAUCAAGGCCCUUAGAGUCGAGGUUCAUGAUAAUGACUAUUCUGUGUACUUCAUCAACAAGGAUUCCCGUGUCACCAAUCUCAAUUUGACCGGUUGUGACUGGGAAGAUGUGAUCAAGUACGGAACGUGUAUCGAAAAACUGGAGCUCAACAUUUGCCCUGGAAAAUCCACGUCCCAGCUGUUCCAAACCAUAAAAAGAGCUUCAUUCACUCUCCGUUCUCUCAAGAUUAACGUGCUGGCUGGUGCCGAUAAGUGUGUGCAGAAGAUGAAAAAUCUUGAGAAGAGAUGCUUUGAUUUGGUCAGCCGACAUAGUUCAUCACUCCGUCACCUCGAGUUGUCGACCUCCGAUGAGCAACACGUGUAUGCCGAUUUGAACAUUGCCACGUCAUCGAUGCGAUUGACCUACCAUCAGCCCGCGGAGCCAAAGCCCAGUGAGCAAACGAGGCAUGGUCAGAAUCACUCGUUCAUGUACAUCAUGUUCCAUGAUUACCUUAACCAUCAUACCAUCAGCAAUGUUACCCUGGAAAUUGCGAGCAAGUACGACGCAAACCUAGCUCUCCAAAAAGCCUACCAAGCAGCACUCCCUCACUCGAGAAGACGCUUCCUCGAGAGCCUAACCAUCGAAUUCGGAAACUCCCUGAAAGCUGUGACCGAGGAAGAAAUGAAGAGAGUUCUGUUGUGCCACGUCGAUGAAUUCCAUCACACUACUCCAAAUCUUCAACAUUUCCAUUGCAGCCUGCCACAUGAUGAGAUUGAUCUCUCCCAAGAAUUCCUGGCGUUGCUCAAUGAGCCAGUCCGCAAGACCCGACAGUCAAAGUCCAGCUGUCCAUACAAUUCGACAAUUUCCCUCCGUGCAGUCAGGUGUCAAUAAUAAUAGUAAUUAUAAUAAUUGUAAAUUGUGCAAAACUGUUCUUAUUUCCACAAACAUUUUUCCAAAUGAUUCUCUUCUUUUCUGCAUUUUCUUCUCGUUUUCUGUGUACAUUUCCCCAUGUUUUUGAAUUCAGUGUAAAUAAAUCAAGAAUUCAAGUGGUUUCAAAU